GUAAUCGUUUCGUACCGUUCUGAUUGGGAUUUGUGCCCAUCGCUUGAGGUUGUAGUGGUGGAGCUAGUCCCAUCGCUGCUGACUGGGCAAACAUUGGAUGCACUGGCAUUGGGCCAGAGUAAGUCGCCAUUCCAGGCAUGACCAUGGGAGCAGUGUAAGUCAUAGGCAUCGCUUGUGGUGAUGUCAUACAUUGUGUUCCACCAGCGGAUUGGCCUCCACCAAUAUUAUUGAGUGCUGGUGCUGACUGGGCUGAGCUUGGCAUGUUCACCUGAUCACGCUUAGGAAUUGGUGUGUUCGGUGCAGUUGCGUACGGUAGAGUUCCACCAAGUAUGGCUCCAGUGGAAGGCAAUGUAUUCAUUUCAAUGUUUGAGUUGA